GGCCCUUGCGCUUGCGAGGCAGGUGGCAGAACCACUGAGCUAAGUCCCCGGCCCUCGUAGGCCGUAUCUGAAACCGUCCACCUUCCGCUUUCCCGGUUUUUAACAUCUUUUUGCCCUUGUUUUCUACGUCUCCUACUGGAUUUCUGACUUUGACAACUCACUGGCCCGGAAACUAGGAAUUAGAUAAACAAGAUUUGAAAUCAACUGCAGAGUAAAACAGAAGCAAUGCAGAAAUCAGGAUGUCCUGCUGGUGAAGAGCUGAGAAGCAGAGUAACAGGUAACUGUGAUCAAAGGACAUCUGUAGCUGCACAGAUAAGACAGAGGACUGCAGUUCAGCGAAGCAGAUCCACAUCGUCAGCUAGUUCUCCAGAGGCUCUAAGAAAGCUUCAUCCUCGACCAAGUGAUAAACUGAACCCUAAAACAAUUAACCCUUUUGGUGAACAGUCACGAGCCCCUUCUGCAUUUGCUGCUAUUUAUUCUAAAGGAGGUAUUCCUUGCAGAUUGGUACAUGGUUCAGUAAAACACAGAUUACAGUGGGAAUGUCCUCCUGAAAAUCUUCCAUUUGAUCCUCUCCUUAUUACUUUAGCUGAGGGUCUAAGAGAGACUAAACAUCCAUAUACCUUUGUGUCCAAGGAGGGUUUCAGAGAAUUACUUUUGGUCAGAGAUGCUCCUGAGAAGGCCACACCUUUGCUACCUAGACUGAUUCCUGUACUGAAGGCAGCUCUGGUCCACUCAGACGAUGGAGUGUUCGAAAGAGGGUUGAGUGCUUUGGUGCAGCUGAGCAUUGUGGUUGGUCCUUCUCUAAAUGAUUACCUGAAACAUGUGCUUACCAGCCUAUCCAAGAGACUGAUGGACAAGAAAUUCAAAGAGCCGAUCACUAGUGCAUUACAGAAGCUAGAGCAGCAUGGUGGAAGUGGAAGCCUUAUAAUCAUCAAAUCUAAAAUUCCAACAUACUGCUCUAUAUGCUGUUGAAUAAGGGAGC